AUGAGCAAAGUUUACCAAAAGCCUACUAAAUUCUAGACUAAACUCUUUAUUAAUGGAAAGUUCGUUGAUGGCGCCUUGAAGAAAACAAUUCCUGUCAUUAACCCUGCUACUGAAGAGCUAAUUUGUGAAAUAGCUGAAGCUACUGAGUAGGAUGUAGAAUUAGCCAUAGAUGCCGCUGAAGCAUCUUUUCCUAUUUGGUCUAAGCUUCCUUAAAGGGAUCGUACUGAAUACUUAUUGAAAUUAGCAAGUUUACUAGAAGCCAACAAAGAAGAAUUCAUUGCCUUGGAGUCAUUAGAUAAUGGAAAGCCUUUGGAAGGAGCAACUUUUGAUAUUAAUGAUGUAAUUGGCCAUUUAAGAUAUUAUGCAGGAUGGGCUGACAAAAUAACUGGUAAAUCAUUUAGCUCUCUUGAUCAAUAGAUCUUUUACACUAGAAGAGAACCAUAUGGUGUUGUCGGACUUAUUUCACCUUGGAAUUUCCCUUUGAUGAUGGCUGAAUGGAAAUAUGCACCAGCUUUGGCUGCUGGAAAUUGCAUUGUCCUCAAGCCCUCUGAAGUUACUCCUUUAACUGUUUUAAGACUCUGCGAACUUGUUAACGAAGCUGGAUUUCCACCUGGAGUUUUCAACGUUGUCCCUGGUUAUGGACAUGUUGCUGGAGUUGCUAUUACUCAUAGCAAAAGAAUAAGUAAAAUAUCUUUCACAGGUUCUUCAUUUGUUGGAAGAAAGAUUCUAGAAGCAAGUUCAUAGACAAAUUUAAAAAAAGUCGUUUUAGAAUUAGGAGGGAAGAGUCCAGUAGUAGUUUUCCCUGAUGCUGAUCUUGACAAAGCAGCAGAAGUUGCCUGGUAUGGUUGCAUGUUCAACAUGGGUUAAUCUUGUGAUGCAGGUACUCGUUUGUUCGUUCAUGAAGAUGUCUAUGAUAAACUUCUCUAAAAGCUUAAAGAAUAUGAAUAGAAUGUUGUGAUUGGAGACUCAUUCGAAGUAUAAAACUCUAAUCAUGGUCCAUUAGUUAGCAAAUUGCAAUUUGAUAGAGUUAUGAGUUAUAUUACUCAUGCAAAAGAAGUUGAAAAGCUACAAUGCUUUAUGGGAGGAGAAAGAUGGGGAAACAAGGGCUACUUUAUCAAACCAACCAUUUUCAUAAAUGUUGAUGAUAAUUCUAAGCUUGCUAGAGAAGAGAUAUUUGGACCUGUUUUGGUCGUCUUGAAACCAUGGAAGACAUUCGAUGAGGUCAUCAAGAGAGCUAAUGAUACUAACUACGGACUAGCUGCAUAUGCAGUCACUUAAAAUGCAGGAAAUGUUGAAAAAUUCGUGAGAGAAGUUAAGGCUGGCUCCUUUUAUAUUAAUUAAGGAGCUUUAAGUGCUCACCAAAUGCCUUUUGGAGGAUAUAAAGAAUCUGGCUUUGGAAAAGACAACGGUGAAGAAGGUUUGCUUGAGUAUACUUAACUAAAAUCUGUUUAUUAUAGCUUACCAAACCCUAUGGUUUGA